AUGUUGGUGGAGAAUAGCUGUUUUUAUCCCCUCCAUUGGUGUAAAGGAGAGAUAAAUAUUUACACAUCCGAUUCGCUAGAAAAAUUCAGUUCGCAUGAAUCUGUAAUCUGCAUUGCCAACCAUCGGUACACUCAUGAUUGGCUUCUCGACUGGGUCAUUGCCGAGUACUACGGUAUGCUCGGGCAGUGCAAAGCGUUUGUGAAAGCUGUUGUCGCUAAAUUUCCGAUUCUCGGCUGGUCGAUGUGGUUCAAUGAGUUUGUUUUCUUGUCAAGAAGCAAAACGGGCCAAGAUUUGUCGAAGAUUCGAAAGUCAAUGGAACAUUUGAGAGAAUAUUCGAUUCCAGUUUGGCUUCUUCUGUAUCCAGAAGGCACUCGAUUUACGAAAGAAAAACACGCUCAAUCCAUGGAGUUUGCAAAAGAACGAGGGCACAAAACAUUGAAACACUUGCUGCUGCCAAGGCCAAAGGGCUUCCACGAGUCAAUCACUUCACUCCACAGUUCAAAUGUCAAGGCUGUUUAUGACUGCACAGUAGUCCUUGGUGGCGAUAAAGAUGUGACAGUCGGAGAACUUCUCCGUGGAAAACCUUUCAAAAUGUCAGUCUGUGCCACUAGAAUGGAGCUCGACUCAAUUCCUACUGAAGAAUCAGAAUGCAAAAAGUACUUGUUCGAUUUGUUCGAAGAAAAGGAUCUUUUAUUCGACAAAAUGCUUAGCGAAGGUAGCAAUAUUGGCCGGCAACCUAGCGAGUACAGUUUGCCAUCGUCGCAGUUCUAUUCGGAGCCGAUGAAGUUGCGCUCCAAGUCGUUGCCCAUUGAGCCGCUUUAUACAACGGCUAUUUGGUUUUUCAUUGUGAUGCUUCCAGUUCUAAAUUGGCUCGUCUCUUUCGCCGCUUCUUCAUUCACAGCCUUCAUUGUGGUCGCUCUCGUCUUGGUCAUCCUCAACAUUGGUGUUAGCUUCAUUCUCAACGCGUUCGAAACCAAAAAGUCUUCGCAAGGACUCAAAAAGAAGGAAAAAUAA